UAUCGCUGUUCAAGAUAGAAUCUUUUUGUUGCACUUUCACUUCUGAAAUAUUCAUUCAAAUAUUAUUUUAAUUCUAUUAAUAUAUUAAUCACUAGAAAUUAAUAUAGUCCUGCCGUUUUUAGAUAUAUUUUUUCCAAAUUUAAUUGAAAUUUCGAAUAAUACAGUAAUGCCAUCUGACGAUACUUCGUCGUAUAUCUCUUUGACGUUUGAGAUCAACACGUCCGCGCUGUGCGCGUCUAUGGUUCUGCUCGCGUGGAAAGUGAAGGAGAAAAAUUUCGUGACGUGCUUAACCCACACCUUUCCCUCGUAGUAUCCGUAAAAUGCCUGGGUUUCUGUGAUUUUCCAUUUCAGUCCCGUAAACGAUUGAUUCACGAGUAUAAGGGAUCGAAAAAUUGUCUAGGCAACGGCUCGAAUGUUCUUUGGAAGAAAAUAAUGCUUGUGCUCGCGUAUGGACACCAGUGCCAGAUACGAUAGCUAGGUUUUACUAUAAAUAAGAAAUAGGUGGUACUGUCCUAAAGGCAGUAUGAGUAAUCCUUAUAGAGCCAGACCAGCAAGGUCUAAAGCAGGAUAUGGAGCUCAUAAUCAAACAAUAUGGAAUCCUAUGAUGAGACAACAGACAGAUACACCAUCAAAUGAUUCUAUGCAACAUCAAUCAGCGGUUGUGAAUCAGUCAAAACAAGCAGCUGAUUCUUGGAAUAAUUCAUGGAAUUGGGACUUUGAUAAACAGACAGAUAAUCAACAGCAACAACAACAACAACAACAACAGCAGCAGCAGCAGCAGCAGCAGCAACAACAGCAACAACAAACAUCUCAACAAGAACAACAACAACAGCAUUAUGUGCCACCAUAUAAAAAUCAAGGACAACUGAUGUCCAAUUCUAUCCAGGAUCAUUAUUAUAAAAAUGUUAACGGUAACAAGACUGAUUUGAUUAAUCAGAAUACUAUGUCAGAUGGAAAUACACAUGGAACUGCUAGUAACAGGCAGCCAAUUUCAAAUCAUUCGGAUUCUUUUCCACCUUACUCGAAUUAUGUCCCAUACCAGCAAUAUCCACCACCACCACCGCCACCUAGACCGAGUUCUAUUAAGUCUGGAUCUUUGGAUUAUGAUCAUACACAAUGGACAAAUGAGCAACAACCUCAAACUGGUUCAUAUCAGCAACAAAGGUCCACUAUACAAAAUCAGAAGAUUCAAGCAACAAAUCCUCUUUUACCUAGUAGUAAUUACGUUUGGCAGAAGUCCGAACAAACAAAUUUAAUGCCUUCAAAUAAUUGGCAGAGCAAUGUAUCCAAUCGUUGGCAAGAUCCAGAAAUGGAUAAGGAGGUACAAAAUUUUGAUGAUAUGGGUAACCAGUGCACACCGCCGUUACAGCCAAGUAGAUCGAAUCAGCUUCCUCUGCCAUCCACAGAAAAUAUAAAAAAAGAACAUUCCACAAACGAUGCAAACAAUUGGUCCAGUCAAAUGAGCAUGCCAACUCCAUGGAAUCAAAAUCAUGAAUCUGUAUUAGCUAGUCAGAGUCAACAACUACAAAGUUCCAGUGUCAAUAAUGAUUUUAAUUCUUGGCCUCAAACAGCAAAUACAGAUCUUUUGCAACAAUGGAAACAUACGAGUGAAUUGCAUACUAAUCAGUGGUUACAAGAGCAACAGGAAAACAAUAACUUACCGGAAGAAAGUAUUAAACCAGAUAAUGCUGGUGUUAUUCCUUCGAAUGAUUGGCAACAAAAUCGUAUAGUAUCUUCUCAUCAUUCUCUGCCUAACAUGCCUCCACCUCUGGAGUCCGGUGUAGAACCAGAAGAGAGGAAAAAAUCUAUACCCUCGUCGAUUCCAAAUUCUAUGAUCUCUAAAGAUUCUACUAUACACGCGAAAGCAAACGUCCCCAAAUCCCAACUACCUGACUCGCGACUCAACAUGUCAUCUACUCCAGAAACUACAUCUACCGUUGCAAGCUCUGAAAACGUUUCUGUACAGGAAAACAAUGAAUUCAAUCCAGUAGGUGAUAUGAUAGAAUGGGGCAAAACUAAUUCAUCGGAGGAAUUACCUGCAAAACUAGAACAGUUGAGUCUUAGUUCCAAGAUCAGUAAACAGGUGGAACAUCAAAGCGAGACCCCAGAAGCACAAAUCCCUGCAACCUCUGCAGACGUAUGGAGUCAGAAUGCAGCUCCUCAUAAUGUUAACUCUGACCAUAUACCCGGACUAUCUUCGGAUUACCCCAUGCCUGCAACGGAACAUCCUCAUUCCAUCGACAACCAACCUAGCACUAAUAAAGAUCAUCCUGCGCACAACACGUAUCAGGCAUUAAGUAUUGCGCCAAUAGAUAACGUGGUGCAAAGUGGAUACGAUCAGUGGUACAAUCAAAGCGCAUUGCCGCGUUCCUCGGACAAUACAUGGUACACGAAGGAUCAUAUCAGGCCAGCCAAGGAUUGGAACGUCGAACAGAACGUUGAGAAUUAUGAAAACAUCCAACAGCCUACAGAAUUUGGGAAUUUGGAGGUAGUUACACCGUCGUUGCAGCAACGCGAUAUAUAUGGCUCAAGAGAUUCCAUAAACAAGGAAACACUGGACAACGAUCCAAAACCGGUUAUCAAUCCUGUCAAGGAAACUGUUAAUACACGUGAUUUUCGACAAGAAGUGAACAACAUAGAAGUACCCACUGUCCAACAGCCGUCACGAUCCUUGCCACCUCUUCAACCGGAACAGGUACCGGACAACUACGAAUUCGCAUCGAACGACAGAAACACGUUUUUAGAAACCGGCGAAUUAACCGAUUCCCAUCAAGAGCACGAACCGACUCCACCAAGCCAGGACGACGAGAACGAUGAAGUGCCUAACGAUAUUCCCUUUCUACGAGAAGUGCCGGGCCAGUCGAGUUCCAUAGAUCCACGCAGAAACGAUCCAACAGGGCAGGAACAGUACGUUCAGUCCGCUCAAAGGUUGUCGGAUCCAAGGAGAAACGAUCCCUCCGGUCAGGAGCAGAGUCUUCAGCUGAGGAACAUCACUGAAAGAUCCGAGCGACGCGACAUCCCUCCUGGCCAAGAGAGGAGUGUCUCUCUGCUUUCGCGGUCAGACUCGGAUACACUGGAACGUAGAAACGAUCCGUCUGGCAGAGAACGAUCGUUACCUCCCCAGCAGUCUCGGAAUGAUCCCUCCGGGGAAGAAAGACAUCAGUCGCAACCUCCAAUUAUGUUGGAGUCCAGCGAGACACGGGAGGUUCCUGGUAGAGGCAAUGAACCUGAAGAUCCUAAUCAACAGACGGAUGAGAACCUCAGGCAAAUACCUGGGGGUGCAUCUCCCAACGAAGUUGUCCAGUCCUCGGACGACAGGCCCAAUGGAAGAGUAGUCACAGGUUCUCAAGAAGUCCCUUCUGCAGUCUCCGCUAUACCGGAUCCAGCCAGCGACUCGAGGAGCAAGCGCGAGGAGGCUGUCGGCGCGUCGAUACGCGAAGGACAGGGCGCUUCCAGUUCGUCGAACCGAAGAGACUCGUACGACGACGAGAACGACGAAGGAUCCGGAAACAGUCGGGACGACAGCAGGGAAAGACGGCGCGACAGCAGCUCGGAACGACGACGAUACGAAUACGAACGGAAGAACUCCUACUACGAUCGUGAACGGGAGUACGACGACGAUUACUAUUACGAUCGUCGUCGCGGGGCGGACAGCGACCGACCGUAUAACGCCCGAGAUGAAUUCGAUCGCCGGGAUAUACCGUACAGAGAGGAUGACCGGAAGCAUCAUAGCCGGGAUGAUUUGGACAGGCACACCAGAGAAGACAUGGAGAGAAGGAGCAAAACUAAAGACGACUUGGAUGAGAGGGACAGCAGAAGACGGCCCGACGAUCGCAGAAGGGACAGGGGCGACGAUGUACGUCGGAGAGACAGGGAGAUUCGAGAUUAUGAUCCUCGGUACUCUAGAGAUCGAGACUACCUCGAUCGCGACAGAAGGAGAGACGAAAGACGGCCGAGGAGAUACGACGAUUACAACAUGAGAGAUUUGUACUACGAUGAUCCUUAUAGCAGAGGUUCUAGACCAUCUAGCAGAUCUUCCUACAACGACAGAGACCGAGCCUACUACGUGCGAUCGAGGGACCCUUAUUAUGGUUAUAAUGGUUACCCUGGCUACGAUUACGGCGUUCAUUAUGCCAACAAUUAUUACGCGUACAUAGAGAAUUUGCGACGUACAAAUCCUGCUGCCUACUCGGAGUGGUAUCACAAGUACUAUGCCAACCAACAUCAGCAGCAGCAUGUCGCCCAUGGUGUCACUAAUUACCCGGAAGACAGGGCUAGCGUUCAUUCAGGCCGUAGCUCGUGCGACGAUAGAACAACUGGCGAGAAACGAACUUUAGGCGACAUGUCUUUGCUCGAGGACUCGACCAGUGCUUCCGCAAGAAUGACACCGAUCAAAUAUUCCAUUUCCCAUGCAUAUGGUUGUUUUUCGAUCGGAUCCUUGAUUCAUGUGCUUCCGUCUUAUCCGACUGAUGGUGAAAGAGCCAAGGUGGACAUUCUUAGAUUGGACAACCUGCUCUUACAUGAUCCCGUCACGCGUGAUUUACGAGCGUAUCCUGGGCCAUUAAUUAAGGGAGUCACUCACAAAAAGACCAUUAUCGAAUAUUGCGAGAACAAAAUCAAAAAAGCUGCAUCGAACGAAGAGAUGACCGAUCGUGCUUCGUACAUCCUUUUGUACGAACUAAUGAUCAUGCUUAUUCAACAGAAUGGGAACGUCGUUGGUGUCGAUAUUGCUGCCUUAUUGCUCAGAAACAAGGAAGCGUAUCCUUACGAUUUAAACAAGCAAAAGUCGCAGGAUGCAGGAAGGAGAGAGUCGGUGAUAUCGCAAAGAUCUGGGUUAGGUGGGGACGGAUGCCAGGGUACUCAAGAUGGUGCAUCCGUUUCAGAAAAAAUAGAAAGCAAACCGCGCAAGAGUAUCGAGCAAAUAACAGACGAAUUUAGGAACACGUUACUGUAUGGUUUAGUCCAGGAAGCCUUAGAAUACGCGAUGAACGAAGGACUCUGGGGCCACGCGCUGUUCCUGGCCAGCAAACUGGACAAGCGCACCCACGCCUCCGUGAUGACUCGUUUCGCCAAUAGUUUACCGUACCACGAUCCUUUGCAAACCUUGUACCAACUGCACUCCGGUCGCGUGCCCGCCGUCGUCACCAGUAUCUCGGAUCCACGGUGGGACGACUGGAGACCCCAUUUAGCCAUGAUCAUAUCGAACACGUCCUCCAAUCCCGAAAUCAACCGUCGUUCGAUCACAACCCUCGGAGACACGCUCUCCGCGCGCGGCGACAUCCACGCGGCCCACUUCUGCUACAUCCUCUCGCAAGUCGACUUCGGAGCUUACGGGUCCAGCAACGUGAAGCUCGUACUGAUCGGCGCGAAUCACCAUAAACCGUACAACACGUUCCUCACGUCGGAAGCCGUGAUGCUCACGGAGAUAUACGAGUACGCGAGGAACCUCAGCGAGCCGGGAUUCACCUUGGUGGACCUUCAGACCUUCAAGUUCGACCUGGCGUCGAAGAUGAUGGACCACGGAUUGAUAGAGAAAGCCUUAUUGUACAUAGAACAGAUCGCCGUAAAUAUCGCCAACGAGCCGUCGAAGUACAAGAAGUCGUUCAUCUGCGCCGUGUACAAUUUGGGAGACAGGAUUAAAUUCCACGAUCCAGUGUACAAGGACUCCACCGACGAAACCAUUACUUUGCCUUGGUUCGAUAAUUUGGCUGAGAUUGUCAGCAAAUGUUACUCUGGAGAAAUAGUCGAGAGUGAUGCCUAUGGGUCGCAGACGAAAGUAGAACAGUAUAGUGCCACGCAGAAUCAAGAAAUCUAUGAAACAAAGCAUCAACAACAGCAGCAGCAACAACAGCAACAGCAGCAGCAGCAGCAGCAGCAGCAACACUGGAAUCCUCCACAACCGGAAUACAGAGAAGGUCCAUCGUCGAUGAUGGAGGUCCCUUCAACCGAAGUGCAAUCAGAAUGGCAGCCCUUAUCUCUGCCAUCCAACAUACCGGACACGUUCGACCAAACGAUGCAAUACACAAGGAACACCGAGGAAUCGUACCAGCAAUCCCAGCAGCCAGAUUACUGGAACCAAGACUCCUACUACCAGAGCAACUACGGGAGGAACGACUGCACUGUCACCAACUGGCAGCAGCAGUCAACCAGCGUCCCAUACUCCUCAGAACAAGGUGACACCGACAGUUCACAGCAACAGGAGAAAUGGAACUAUGAGACGGAAAGAGAGGAUAAAACGGCCACUCCUGAACCGCCGCAGCCGGCAAUCUCGAUGACGCCGUCGACGAGGAAGCAGUACGACCCGCUGGAGGAGCUGGACGCGCUGGAGACGCCGAAGCCGUCCUCCAAGCAAACGGCGACGGCCAAGAAAACCGCGGAGAAACCGACGGAGAAGAAACCAUCGAACAGUUCGUGGAUCGGAGGUCUGUUCAGCAAGUUCGCUCCGAAGCCCAGGAACCAAAUGAUUCUGCCCGACGACAGUAAUCCAACGAUUGUGUGGGAUCCUGUUGCUAAAAAGUGGACGAACAAGGAUGAAGAUGGAGACAGUGGUUCUGCAACGUUAGCCCCUCCUCCGAAAGCUUCUGACAUGGGGUUCAAGGCACCCGCUGCGGAGCAUUCCUCCCAACUGUCUCAGCCACCCCCUCAAGCUGACGAGUCCGCCAUUAAUAAGUUUAAAUUGCCGAAAGGGAGAAACAUGCGAGCUAAUUAUAUAGAUGUGAUGAAUCCGGCUGGCUCGAAGGGCAGCGCAGCACCCUCGAAUAUACCAACCCCGAUCACAUCUCCAAUGGUACCUAUGGCAACUUCCUCGCCUCAAUUAUUCAUUCCUGCACCAGUUAACGACCGGAAUGGACCUGUGGCUUUCUUGCCAACCGCAGACGUUGCACUUUCCACAAACGUCUCCGAGAACGCGUCUCAAGGGCUCUCUCGAUGGAGCUCAACCAGCUCGUUAUCGCGAGAGGUGCAGAGCUACACGAUGAGGGAUCCGCGUCUCCUCCCAAGGAACAAGGGACCAACGAUGUACAACCCGAGUGAUAUGAAGGAUCAUUCAGCGAAAACUAUGCAGCAGAGUCGGUACCCUCCGCGGUAGAACUCGGGAGACGUUCCUUGACCAGUUCGCUGAUCAGAACGAGCGAUUCUUUUCUCGCUCUAGGAUGAUUUUACUUUACGCGAAUGAAAUCAAAGUUUUUGUAAAGCACACACACACACAAACACACCGGCAAAGAUACC